AUGUGGAUUGAAUUUAAUAAUGGAUAUCAUUUUUAUUCCAGAGUCACUUAUCACGGUCGAUAUAAAAAUGGAAAAAUAGUUGUUAGAUGGUAUAAUUAAGCUUUGGAACAAUAAGUGUAAAUAUUUGAAUUAUUAAUAAGUAAAAACAAAAUAUUUCAUAUGAUGAAGUUAUUGGAGGUUCAAUUAAGGUUGGAAGAUGGAUAGAAUACAGUUAUAAGUUUAAUUUAUAUUCAUAAGACUUUUAAGAUAGUGAAUAUAAACAUUGUAAAAAGUACGUACAUGGGUUAUUUUUUUAAGGAAGAAGAAAGAAAAACUUAUCAAUUAAUGUAUAAAUAAUUGAAAAGACUUGAGUGGUGGUGGUCUGUAUGACGGCUCUAUUAAGGCUGGGUAGUGGAUUGAGUUGGAUGAUGAGUUUGAGAUUAACUAAUAAUUCACUUAUAAAGGUGAAUAUCAAAAUGGAAAUAAAGUUGGUACAUGGGUGAAAAUGGAUAUUAGGGAAGAAAAAUUGUGA